UAUACAAAAGGGUACAGAAGAUAAUGGGCAUUCUUGCUUUACACAAUCAAAUACAUCGGUCUCAACUCAGAGGGUUGGACAUUGCUUCUAACAUGUUCAUACCUGCUGCUUAUGGACUGCCAAAAAUCAAUUCUUAUAUCAGUAUUCAUAAUAUUCCAUAUUUCACUGUUAUAAAAUGUCUUACGGAAACCUAGUGUAGGCAAGAACUUGUCUGUUGCUAUAAAAUUUCUAAUCCGCACUGAGACAUGGUUUUCCAAACAGCGUCGUUAAUGCUAUUGGUUAUAGCUACCGUGAGGCCACAAGAGCUGGCGGAUAUUCCACCAUGUAAUAGCUUGGUGUACUGCUCUGGACCGUUGCUAGAGGCUGCCCAGAAAGCGAACAUCUAUAAAGAUUCAAAGACGUUUGUCGAUCUACAAAUGAUACGACCCGAAGACGAAGUACUUCGUGCAUUUAAUAACCUGACCGACAUUGCUAACAUGACGAAGUUUGUCGAUGAGUAUUUCGUCGGACCAGGCACUGAAUUUGAAAGUUGGAAUCCUAGUGAUUGGCAUGAUAAUCCUUAUUUUUUAAAGAAGAUCAAAGACUCACAACUUGUGGCAUGGGCAGGAGAAAUUCAUGGUCUCUGGAAGGAAUUGGGGCGGAAGAUUAAAAAUGAAGUGAACAGUACUCCCGAUCAAUUUUCACUGGUGUACGUAGACAGCCCCUUCAUUGUGCCCGGUGGCCGAUUUCGAGAAUUCUACUACUGGGAUUCGUAUUGGGUGGUGAAGGGAUUACUUAUAUCUGAGAUGUACUCAACAGUACGCGGAAUGAUUUCAAACUUUGUUAACAUUGUAAGGAGGUAUGGUUUUGUACCAAAUGGAGGACGCGUCUAUUUUGAGAAACGUAGUCAACCACCGCUUCUAAUACCGAUUGUACACGAGUAUUUGAAGGCAUCACGUGACAUCGCAUUUGUAUCUGAAAUAAUGGAUGAUUUGGAGACGGAAUACGAAUUCUGGGUGAAGAACCGUCACGUGACGGUCAGUGUGGACGGAGUGAACCACACAUUGAACCAAUACAACGUCAAAAUGGGAAUGCCCAGACCUGAAUCAUACCGUGAAGACGUUGCUACUGCGCAUGGGCUGAACAAAGAUGAUGCUGCCGAAUUAUUUUCAAACAUUGCAUCUGCUUGUGAAUCUGGUUGGGAUUUUUCUAGUCGCUGGUUCAACUCAUCGAAUGAAUUGAUAUCAGCACGUACAAAGAAUAUCAUUCCUGUAGAUCUGAACAGCUUCCUUUGCCAGAACGAGAAAAUUAUGUCGGAUUUGUAUUGGGAACUUGGUGAGACGUCGAAAGCUAUACUGUUUCACGAUGCUUACGAACGGAGGAGAAAUGCUAUACAUGCAGUCCUGUGGAACGAUGUCGAAGGUUCCUGGUUCGACUACGAUAUAGAGAAUAACUCCUUUAACAAUAAGUUUUUCGCAUCGAACGUGGCGCCUUGGUGGGCCAACUGUUACGGCAGCGGUUACGGAAAUGUUGAAAUAGAGGGGAAGGUCUUUGAAUAUUUAAAGAGAACUGGAGUUUUAGACUAUCCCGGAGGAGUACCCACAUCACUUGUUAACACCGGUGAACAGUGGGAUUACCCUAAUGCUUGGCCUCCACUCCAGGACAUGGUAAUCGAAGCAUUAGGCUCGUCAGUGUUGCCGGAGGCCAGAGACGCUGCAGUGCGUCUGGCGCAGAAUUGGACUAUUACAAAUUGGAGGGCUUAUAAACUAAACGAAGUUAUGUACGAAAAGUAUGACGUACGCAACCAAGGUGUUCCAGGACAUGGCGGUGAAUACGAAGUUCAAGCCGGCUUUGGAUGGACCAAUGGAGUGGUAUUGACUCUCCUCGAUCGAUACGGCCACCUACUUGCAUCCGAUGCAGAAGAACCAGUAUCGUCUGCGCCAACUCAUCGAAUAUUUAUGGCAACAUUGUACGCUCUGCUUCUUAUCCAUUUAGGUUGAAUUAGAUUAUAUCACUAGGCAAAUGAAUUUUAUGGAAGUCAAGUGAAUACAUUAACAUCAAAUACUGGAACAUAUUGAGUCCGUCGUUACCUCACGUUACAAUGAAUCAUGUAUAUAGUUGAAGUCACUUGUAAUCACUUUUAAUCUCUCUACAUACAAAUAUUAGGCCUAAUUGGGCAGAAUUUCCAAGUACACCUUAUAAUGCUAGAAUAUAGGUCGUUCUCCGUUGUAAAUACAUUCAUUUAGAUCUAUUGAAAAUAUAAAAAUCCUGAAAGUUCCGUUCUUAAUUGGUUGUGGUGGAACGCGUAUGCCACAAAUUGAUGCAUUUGCGCUGGCCGACUAAAACUUUAUUAGCACGCUAGUGUGAGUCUAGUUAGGUGAGUUAAAUUCUAGUAAUUUCACGCCACGUAGAUGUCAAGACGUGGUCAUGAGCUUGCAAUGUUGUUCAUGUAUAAAAUCAAUAAUUCUUAUGUCAUAGUUUCUCUUGCUGCAAGAAAACAUAACAGCAUCCUGUAGUAGAAAAGCUAUAAAUGCAGUGACUAAUUUGUCAGGUCCGUGUAGGCCUACAUCAAUCGUUUAAGGCUUCUUUGGGCCCAAUACCCUCAAGAAAUGCCCCACCCACUUCGGCGUAUUUGACGAUUUUUUUUAGUGGGGUUUUUGACACGUUAGCGCUUUUUAAAACGGACCGCCUCGGCCAACAUAUUGGGAAAAUGGUGAUUAAUAUCCUGGGGGUUUAAAGGCAUGGGGCCUCUGGCUUUAGCCAGUGACAGCUCAUAGUUGUUACGUCACUGCAAACUAGUACGCCUCUCUCCAAUAAACAGGACAUGACAGAGGUCGCGCUCCAAUUUGCGUUUAAUAAUACUUUAUUGCAUCGCCAAGAGUCAAUGUAUGGAUUAAGUCCAGGAAAUUUUGCAUGUACAAUAUGACCACUUGUUUAAUAAAAAAGGAAAUUUAUAUACAACAAUAUUAUAAAUAAUUAUUAUUAUAAGAUGGGUAUGACGUAUGAGCUAAGCCUAGCCUGUGCGAAAGCUUUACUCAAAUCCCAUUAUUGGCUGUUCUCAUUAAUCGUCAAAACUUUUCCAGAUUAUGGAAUAAGACGAGAUUGAAGCAGUUAGAUUGCGUCGGAUAUUAAAUUUAUUUCAUUGCCAAAGGCACUAUUGCUUGCUUAUAUCAUAUAUA